AUGGUUAAAAAUAAGAAAGAUGCAGAUAAAAAGGCAGCUAGGGCUGCCGAAAAAAGGGCAAGACAACAAGCAAAGUCUAUGAGGAAACAGUUGAAGGAAAUAAAAGGUCAAGAAAUUGAAGAUAUUGAAAAUAUUGUUGCAUCAAUGGAUUUGAAGGUUAAAAAGAUGGCAAAUGAGGAUUUAGGAUAUCCUUGUACUAUUUUGCCUGCAGAAAGGCCAGGUCCAAGGGUAGCAUCAUCUUAUAAUAUACAUCCCAUAACAGGUGAAUUAUUAAUUUUUGGAGGUGAGUACUAUGAUGGUCAAAAUGUCAAGGUUUACCAUGACCUUUAUAAGUGGAAUAUAGACCGUAAUGAAUGGAAAAAGGUGAUAAUAUCUAAUCCUCAAAAAUCAAAUGAUUGUUACUCUGGUGGACCCAAACCAAGAUGCUCACAUCAAAGUGUAAUAUUUAAUGACCAUUUAUUUAUACAUGGUGGUGAGUACAGUACUGAACAUCAAUUCUAUCACUUUCGUGAUUUAUGGAAAUUAAAUUUGAAAAGUUAUAUUUGGUAUGAAGUAAAAACUAUUGGUUUAAGUCCUAGUCCUAGGAGUGGCCAUAGAAUGGUUGUAUGGCGUCACUAUUUUGUAGUCUUUGGAGGAUUUCAUGAUACAUUUCGUGAAACUCGAUAUUUUAAUGAUAUAUAUAUUUUAAAUACUCAAAACUGGCACUGGACUCGAAUAGAAUUUGACAAAAGUGCAAAUUGUCCUCUUCCAAGAAGUGGUGUUCAAAUGAUAACGGCCCCAAAUGGCGAUUAUAUUUUUUUUUAUGGUGGAUAUUCUAAAGUUAAAGAUACAAAGAGAAAUUCAGUAGGUAAAAUUCAUUCAGAUUGUUGGAUUUUAGAUAUGAAACCAUUUAUGAAUAAAAAAGGUUCUCCAGUUUGGGAACGUGUAAGCCGCAAAGGCCAAUUUCCUUCUCCUAGAUCAGGUUCAUCUAUUGUAAGCUACAAGAAUAUGGCGAUAAUAUUUGGUGGGGUAUUUGAUCAAGACGAUUCUUUGGGUAUCACUUUAAAAUCUAUGUUUUUUAAUGAUUUAUAUGGUUUUGAUUUGCAAAGAAAACGGUGGUACAAAGUUGAUUUAGUAUAUAGAAAAGAUAGAAAAAAGGAAAAUAAAAAUAUUUGCAAGGGUGGACUGAAGAAAGAAAAAAAGUCCAAAUGCAAAGAUCAGAUACAAAAUGAGACUUUGGACUCAGAGGAUUCCUCAAGGUCAGAACAAAUAGAAUCUGAUUUUGAUGAUGAUAUAAACUAUGAUAAUGUCUUUGGUUACAUAGAUCAAAAUGGUCAACCGGUAAAAAUUAAACUAAAUGAAUGGGAAUCUGUUUUUGAAACUCAAAAUAUUAAUGAAACAGAAACCAACUACACUGAAGAUUCAUUAAAUAGUACCAAUGAAUGUAUGGAGCUAAUAGAUACGAAUCAAAUACAAAAAAGUGAGGUUACCACUCAAGUUGAGAAUGCUAAGCUUAAUGAAAAUUUCCUAAAAAGAGGAACAGAACUAGUAACAUCAGUUAUUGAACUCACAGAAAUUCCAUUACCUAGGAUAAAUAGUGGAAUAUUUGUUAAAGGAAGCAAUUUGUAUAUUUAUGGUGGUCUUUUAGAAAUUGGAAAUAGGGAAAUAACAAUGGAUGAUUGCUGGUGCUUUAAUCUAUCUAAGAAAAAUAAAUGGAAAUGUAUUCUUGAACCCAGAAUAAAAUUACAAGAAUGGAGAGAACAAGAUGAAUCAGAUAAUGGGGAUUUCUCUGAUAGAAUAAGUGUUAGCUCUGAAGAGUCAAGCAAUGAUAGUGAAUAUAGUUCAUCUGAUGGUUCUUGCUACUCUAGUGAAUCUGAGAACUGCACAAGUAUAUUAAAACCAAAUUUAAGAGAGAAACAUUUAGAUAUAAUCAAUAUGAAAAGAAAGUAUUGGUUAGAAAUUCGCAAAAAUUAUAAUUUAGAUGAUGAACGAAGAACACCUAAAAGGGAUGAAACCUUACGUGAAUUCUUUAACAGGACUAGAAUGUAUUGGAUCACAUUGGCUAGAGAAUCUACUUCUGAUCAAAUAACCAAUGAAAAAGAAUUAAUUCGCUAUGGAUUUUCAAUGGCCUUAGAUAGAAUAAAUGAAAUACAACCAUAUCUUACUAAAGCAAGAGAAUUAGAAGAAGUUCAAAAUAAUAUUGAAUAUAUGGAGACACGUAGUAAGAUGCAUUAG